AUGGGGGAACCCGCUCAUCUAACGCCUCGCCAAAUUUGGGCUCAACCGACGACAACGACCACCAGGACCUAUGAAGCUGACUGCACGCCGUUUCUAUUACCCAGCUCUGGUUACGUCUAUUUGAAUCGCUCCUACUCCAUCGCCUUGACCGAAAAUGCCAUCUACGAUCCCAUCUGUACGGGCACGGGCACAGCGACUGCCACGGCUCAUGCGGUCGCCGCGCUCGAUGUCACCGACCCUUUUUAUUCCUCCGUGACCCCGGCGUUGUAUGCCAUGGGCUGUACGACCGUUGUCAGCUAUCUUCUCGUUAUUAUUCUUCUCAUCACGCCGCGUACGUUUUAUGUUGGAGGUCCUGGUGGGGGUGCGAACUUUCUCGGACGUCAUGGUAUGAUUAGCGGUUCGUAUAGUGGUAAUUCGUCGGUGGUCGGCGUUGGUGGUCGCCCGUGGUUGCAGAAGGUCGCAGCCUUGUUAGUCGCGGUAUCGCUCACCAUCGCGACUGUGGACUCCUUCCGUGUGGCUGAACAGCAAUACUAUUAUGGUUACUCCGAUGCCGAAGCGCUGGCCGACGAGGUCAUCGACGGUAUGGAGAUCCGGGUGGUCAGAAUCAUUUCCAGCACCUUUUUGUGGCUGGCCCAGAUUCAGACUUUGAUUCGGCUAUUCCCUCGACAUAAGGAGAAAAUAAUGAUCAAAUGGGCAGGGUUCGCGUUAAUCGUGUUCGAUACGACAUUUAGUAUCCUCGACAAGUUCUUGGUCAAAACCGAUACCGUUCACCCACGGCUCUAUGAAGACGCGAUUCCCGCUCUCAGCUAUCUGUUCGAACUUGCACUCAACCUAUUGUACGCCGCUUGGGUCAUCUUCUAUUCGCUUUCGAAACAUCGCUUCGCCUUCUUCCAUCCGAAAAUGAGGAACAUCUGCUUGGUGGCCUUGCUAUCGUUAUGUGCGAUCCUUAUACCCGUUGUGUUUUUUGUCCUGGAUAUCGCAAAACCGAAAAUCGCCGGAUGGGGUACUUAUGUCAGGUGGGUUGGUUCGGCUGCAGCAAGUGUCGUGGUUUGGGAAUGGGUGGAGCGGAUCGAAGCAUUGGAACGCGAUGAGAGGAAGGAUGGGAUUCUUGGACGCGAAAUAUUUGAUGGAGAUGAGAUGUUGGAAGUGACCCCUUCGGAAGAAGUCGAUUGGCCGCGCUACAAUCCUGACGGCCAUGAUCGAGGCGGAGGCGGUGGAACGUCUUCAGGAUGGGGAGGCAUGAUGGGACUGGCUCAUCGUCCUUUACGUACGAGGGUGGGUCGCAAUUGGCAGUCGAACCUGGAGAACCAGCAACACAACAUUCCCAUGGACCCUCGGCGCCGGCGCAUGGCACCCCGACCAACUCCUCCCCCAGCAGCUAUAACGCCUGUUAGUCGGGCCGACACAACCAGCGCGGCCAGUACGGUAUACAACAUACAUUAUCAUCCGGUGUCUAGUCCAACUCCACCGGUGGCCAUGCCUCAUAUGGAGGAAGAGGACGAAGACAUAGACGAAACGGUGGCUGCGAAGGAGAUGACAACCGAAGGUCAGCAAGCUGGCCUAGCUCAUGAUGUGCUGGCACAACAACAGACCCGGGAACAAUCCCCUCAGAUUGUGCACGUGGAUAAAAGAUGGCGAGCGCUGCUGAAUCCUUUCAAACGAAGGCGUGCAUCUUUGCCAAGAGAAGUCGCGUCUGCACAGGCCGAGGAAGAAGGGAAUCCCGCAGGUGCUCAAGUGGAACUGCAACGCCAUUCUCUGGAUGAUAGCGACGAUGAGCACAGCUUACAGCACAGGCACGAUUUUCGGUUUGGCUUCCAUCGAAGAUUGCGACCCGGUUCUGGACGACAAGGCUCCGACUCGCCCUUGCCAGUCACGGUCAUUCCUGCUAGACGCCGUGGUCAACAGACCUGGUCGCCGCAGCAAUAUCAUGAGCCUAGUUCACGAACAACAACUUCGAAUCAGCGUGUUCCGCCUGGCCGUGAUGACCUGCCUGUAAGGGUGAUUCAGCCGCAAACGCGAACUGCUGCUCCAUGGAGCGCAGCCGAUGGGCAAGGGUUCAGUCAUGGCAACUAUGAGCUGCGCUAUGACCCUGAAGCUGCGGCACUUGUGGAACCUGGUGAGAAUUGCACUGAAUCUCAGCCGGCGCUGGACGCCGAUGGCUCGGUCAGCGAGCCUACUCGGGGGCCGGCUGGGCGCCAACAACCCGAGCAGGAAUUCGACCCGAUGGAAGGAGCACCUCUAUCACCGGCUCAACCUUUUCCUGACGAGGUCCCCGAAGAUUCACGAGGGUCACAUGGCCAGCAGUGA